AGUGGGCGCCGCGGUGCUCAUUCAUCCCUUCCAUCCCCAGCGGAGAGGAGCGGAGCCCCGAGCGGGGAAGCGGCACACACGGUCACCGAGAGCCCGCGUUUCCUCUCCCCGCCUCAUUUCACCGCCACACAGUCACAGUGGAUGGUCAGGAAUACACCGCGUGUUGCAUCGUCCACCGCGCGAGGAAGGGGAGCACGCGCAUGAUACGACGGACUCACGCGGUUUAUUAUUCAAAACGGGGUGUUUUUCGUUUUGUUCUUCAACACAAGUGAAAAAUAUCUGGCUCCCCAGGACCAAAUUCGUUGGAAAUCAACCCCUCCAAAACAAAGCCGCGAAAACAAGCGGCGGACCGCUAGCGCCGCUAUCGAGAGGGACACUCUACUCUACGGUACCUUGAUGAAGGAAGGGGAGUGGGAUUCGAACCCGAGGACCUUCGGAUGCUAAAGGAACAGAUUUAAACAGGACGCUACUAGCAGCCCCAGUUAGAUGAACUACCCUCUUUGCUGGCAACAUGAGCGCCGUCUCCCCCACUGACUUCGACAGCCUUGAGAUCCAGCAGCAGUACAACGACAUCAACAACCGCUGGGACCUGGCAGCAGAGGCCGACUGGGACAAUGAGAACAGUUCGGCACGCCUCUUCGAGCGCUCGCGCAUCAAGGCCCUUGCAGAUGAACGUGAGGCCGUGCAGAAGAAGACCUUCACCAAAUGGGUUAAUUCCCACCUGGGUCGUGUCACCUGCCGUAUCGGAGACCUUUACACUGACCUGCGCGAUGGCCGCAUGCUCAUCCGUCUGCUGGAGGUCCUGUCGGGGGAGCAAUUGCCCAGGCCGACCAAGGGCCGUAUGCGGAUUCACUGCCUGGAGAAUGUGGACAAGGCACUGCAGUUUCUUAAAGAGCAGAAGGUCCACCUGGAGAACAUGGGCUCCCAUGACAUCGUUGAUGGCAACCACCGUCUCACCCUUGGCCUCAUCUGGACCAUCAUCCUUCGCUUCCAGAUCCAAGACAUCAGUGUAGAGACAGAAGACAACAAGGAGAAGAAAUCAGCCAAAGAUGCUCUUUUGCUGUGGUGUCAGAUGAAGACUGCUGGGUACCCUAAUGUCCACGUGCACAACUUCACUACGAGCUGGAGAGAUGGCCUGGCUUUCAAUGCCAUUGUGCACAAACACAGACCAGACCUAAUAGAGUUUGACACCCUAAAGAGGUCCAAUGCCCACUAUAACCUCCAGAACGCUUUCAAUGUGGCUGAGAAGGAGCUGGGCCUCACCAAGCUGCUGGAUCCUGAGGACGUUAACGUUGACCAACCGGAUGAGAAGUCCAUUAUCACUUAUGUGGCCACUUACUAUCACUACUUCUCCAAGAUGAAGGCUCUGGCAGUAGAGGGCAAGAGGAUUGGCAAGGUGCUGGAUUAUGCAAUCGAAGCUGAGCAGCUCGUCGAUAAGUACGAGACCCUGGCAUCAGAGCUUCUUCAGUGGAUAGAGCAGACCAUCCACACCCUUAAUGAUCGACAGCUGGCUAACUCAUUGAGCGGCGUCCAGAACCAGCUGCAGGCUUUCAACACCUACCGCACGGUGGAGAAGCCCCCCAAGUUCACUGAGAAAGGAAACCUGGAGGUCCUACUGUUUACCAUCCAGAGCAAGAUGAGAGCCAACAACCAGAAGGUGUACAUGCCCAAAGAAGGCAAACUUAUCUCCGAUAUUAACAAGGCAUGGGAACGACUGGAGAAGGCAGAGCAUGAGCGAGAGCUGGCACUUCGCAACGAGCUGAUUCGCCAAGAGAAGCUGGAGAUGUUGGCAGCACGCUUUGACCGCAAAGCUGCCAUGAGGGAAACAUGGCUGAGUGAAAACCAGCGCCUUGUCUCCCAGGAUAACUUUGGUCUGGAUCUGGGCGCUGUGGAGGCAGCCACUCGCAAGCAUGAGGCCAUUGAAACGGAUAUUGGAGCAUACAGUGAGCGUGUGGCAGCUGUGGAGGCAGUGGCUCGGGAGCUGGAGGUAGAGGGCUACCAUGACGUGCGGCGGGUGCUAGCACGCCGUGACAAUGUGCUGCGUCUCUGGGAGUACCUACGGGAACUGCUGGCAGCACGCCGUGAGCGCCUCAAUGCUCACCGGGACCUGCAGCGGCUGUUGCAGGAGAUGAGCUAUAUCAUGGACUGGAUGAGAGACAUGAAGGGCCGUUUGCAGUCUCAGGACAAUGGGAAGCAUCUGCACGAUGUGGAGGAUCUGCUGCAGACCCACACCCUGGUGGAGGCUGACAUCUCUGCCCAAGCCGAGGCUGUCCGUGGGGUACAAGCUGCAGCCCAGCGCUUCACCAGCAGUGAGCCGAACUACAAGCCAUGCGAGCCUGCACUGGUCAGCGAAAAGGCGACCUGUUUGGGACAGGCCUAUGAGCAGCUGGGCCAGCUGGCAGCAGAGCGGCGGUCACGUCUGGAGGACUCACGACGCCUCUGGCAGUUCCUGUGGGAGCUGGGUGAGGAGGCAGCCUGGAUGCGAGAGCAGGAGCAAAUCCUGGCAAGCAGCGACUGUGGCAGAGACCUCAGCUCAGCCUUGCAUCUGCUAAGCAAACACGAAGCCUUUCGUGAUGAGAUGUCUGCCCGCUAUGGGCCCCUCAGCAACAGCAUUGCUGCUGGAGAGGCCCUUGUAGAGGAGGGCCACUUUGGGGCUCAGGAGGUUGAAGAUAGGAUCCGGGAUGUUCGUGCACAGUGGACACACCUGGAGGAGACCUCAAAGCAAAGACAACAGCUCCUUCAGGAGGCAGUAGCUCUGCAUCAGUUCCAGACGGACGCCAAUGACAUGGAAGCCUGGAUCAUGGAGGCUUUGCGCCGGGUGUCUAGUCAGGAAGUGGGGCAUGACGAGUUCUCCACCCAGACGCUGGCCCGCAAGCAGCGCGAGGUGGAGGAAGAGAUCCAGAGCCAUCGCACACUGAUCGACUCACUACAUGAGCAGGCACUGGCCCUGCCUCCAGCCCACGCACACUCCCCACAGGUGGAGGGGCGGCUGCCAGCUAUUGAGCAACGCUACGAGGAAUUGGAGGCCCUGUCAGCGGCACGGCGGCAGGCACUGGAGGGUGCACUAGCCCUGUACCGCAUGUUCAGUAAGGCUAAUGCCUGCCAACUGUGGAUCGGGGAGAAGGAGCAGUGGCUGGACAACCUAGAAAUCCCCAGCAAGCUGGAGGACCUUGAAGUGGUGCAGCAGAGGUUUGAGACUUUAGAACCAGAGAUGAAUGCUAUCGGCAGCCGUGUCACAGAUGUAAACCAGGUGGCUCAGCAGCUCCUGGACUCUGACCACUGCAGCAAGGAGAAGAUUCACCAGACACAGGAUCAACUGAACACCAGGUGGAAAGAGUUCCAGGAGCUUGCCAAUAAGAGAAAGCAGGCCCUGGACUCAGCCCUCAACAUCCAGAACUACCACCUGGAGUGCAAUGAGAUCCAGAGCUGGAUGCGGGAGAAGACAAAGGUGAUUGAGUCCACUCAGGGCCUCGGAAACGACCUGGCCGGAGUCAUGGCCCUGCAGCGCAAGCUCACGGGAAUGGAGCGAGACCUGGAGGCCAUACAGGGCAAGCUGGAUGACCUCCGUCAGGAGGCCAAAAAGCUAGUACAGGAGCACCCACACCAAGCCCCUGAAAUCCAGGCCCGACUGGGAGAGAUCCAGGAAGUGUGGGAGGAACUGAAUUCCACCAUGAAGAGGCGUGAGGAGAGUCUGGGAGAGGCCAGCAAGUUGCAAGGCUUCCUCCGGGACCUAGACGAUUUCCAGGCAUGGUUGUCACGCACGCAGACAGCAGUGGCCUCAGAGGACAGUCCAACCUCUCUUGCCGAAGCUGAGCGCCUGCUCGCCCAGCAUGAGGGCAUCGAGAAUGAGGUGGAUAAUUACCGAGAGGACUAUGAGAAGAUGCGUGCACUGGGCACAGAAGUGACCCAGGGCCAGACAGAUGCCCAGCACAUGUUCCUGGCCCAGAGGUUGCAGGCACUAGACACAGGGUGGAAUGAGCUGCGCCGCAUGUGGGAGAACCGGCACAGUGUUCUAGCCCAGGCCUCUGACUUUCAGACCUUCUUGCGAGAUGCCAAGCAGGCAGAGAGCUUCCUCAACAGCCAGGAAUACAUUCUGUCCCACACAGAGAUGCCUUCUACCCUGCAUGCAGCUGAGGAUGCCAUCAAGAAACAUGAGGACUUCCUAACCACAAUGGAGGCCAAUGAGGAGAAGAUUGCCGGUGUUGUGGAGUCUGGCCGGCGCCUUGUGGAUGACCACAACAUCAACUCUGACAAAAUCCAGGAGAAGGUGGAAUCUAUCCAGGCCAGGCAUGAGAAGAACAAACAAGAUGCCAAGGAACUUCUAGCGAAGUUGAAGGACAACCGUGAACUGCAGCAUUUCCUACAGGAUGGCCAGGAGUUGAGUCUCUGGAUCAACGAGAAGAUGCUAACAGCCCAGGACAUGUCCUAUGAUGAGGCCAGAAAUCUUCACAGCAAGUGGCAGAAACACCAAGCCUUCAUGGCUGAGCUGGCCUCAAAUAAAGACUGGCUAGAUAAGAUCGAUAAGGAGGGUCAGGCACUGGUGAAGGAGAAGCCUGAGCUGGAGCCUGUGGUGAAGCAGACUUUGACAGGGCUUCAGAAGCAGUGGGAGGAGCUGGAGGCCGCCACCCGUACCAAGGCACAGUGCCUGUUUGAUGCCAACAGGGCAGAGCUCUUCACACAGAGCUGCUCGGCCCUUGACUCCUGGCUGAAGAACCUGUCAGCCCAGUUGCAGAGUGAUGACUAUGGCAAGGACCUGACUAGUGUCAACAUCCUGCUCAAGAAACACCAGAUGCUGGAGCAUCAGAUGGGAGUGCGUGAGAAGGAGGUCCAGGCAUUGCAGGCCCAGGCACAAGCCUUGUCACAGGAGGAUGCAGGGAUAGUGGAGGUGGACAGCCUGCAGAGGCAGGUGGCCGAGAGCUUCACCCAGCUGUCCGAUCCUCUGAGACAGAGGCAAGAGCUCCUCCUGGCCUCCAAGGAGGCCCACCAGUUCAAUCGUGACUUGGAAGAUGAAAUUUUGUGGGUAAAGGAAAGGAUGCCUUUGGCGAGCUCUACAGAUCAUGGGAGGGACCUGCCUAGUGUGCAGCUCCUCAUCAAGAAAAAUCAGACUCUGCAGAAGGAGAUCCAGGGCCACCAACCCCGCAUUGAUGACCUUCUGGCUCAUGGGCGCUCAUUGGCCCCGGGGGAUAAGGGCGAGAGAGAGGUGGAGGGCUGCCUGGCGGAGCUGCGUGACUCCUGGGCACAGCUGAUCGAUGAGACAGAAAAGCGGGGUACUCGUCUAGCUGAGGCCCACCGUGCCCAGCAGUUCUAUGCAGAUGUGGCAGAGGCUGAGGCCUGGAUGGGAGAGCAAGAGCUUCACAUGAUGUCUGAAGAAAAGGCCAAGGAUGAGCAGAGUGCCCUGGCCAUGGUGAAGCACCACCAGGUGGUGGAACAGGCACUGGAGGACUAUGCACAGACCAUUCACCAGCUGGCCAACAGCAGCCGGCUCAUGGUGACCAGUGAGCACCCUGAGAGUGAGCGGAUCACCCUAAGGCAAGCACAGGUGGACAAGCUGUAUGCUGGGUUGAAAGACCUGGCAGAGGAGCGGCGGGGCCGCCUGCAGGAACGCCUGCGCCUCAUGCAGCUGAAGCGGGAGUUGGAUGAUCUUGAGCAGUGGAUCGCAGAGAGGGAAGUGGUGGCUGGCUCACAUGAACUAGGCCAGGACUAUGAGCAUGUCACGAUGUUGCGGGACAAGUUCCGAGAGUUUGCGCGGGACACAAGCAACAUUGGCCAGGAGCGUGUGGACAGCGUGAACGCGCUGGCUGACGAUCUUAUUGAAUCGGGCCACCCAGAGAACGCCACUGUGGCCGAGUGGAAGGACGGCCUGAAUGAGGCGUGGGCUGACUUGCUGGAGCUGAUUGACACUCGUACACAGAUGCUGGCAGCCUCCUAUGAGUUGCACCGUUUUCAUGAAGAUGCACGUGAGGUGCUGGGUCGUGUGCGCGAGAAGCACCAGGCAUUGCCAUCUGACCUGGGCCGUGACCUCAACACCGUGCAGCACCUGCAUCGGCAGCACACAGCCUAUGAGCAUGACAUCCAAGCACUGAACGGACAGGUCCGUCAGGUCCAGGAGGAUGGAGGAAGAUUGCAGAAGGCUUAUGCUGGGGAGAAGGCCGACGAUAUUGAGAAGCAUGAGCGUGCUGUCACAGAAGCCUGGGAGGCCCUGUUAUCUGCGGGCCAGGCUCGCCGGCUCCUCCUGCUGGACACCGUGGAGAAGUUCCGCUUCUUCAACAUGGUGCGUGACCUAAUGCUGUGGAUGGAUGGUGUGAACCUGCAGAUCGACGCCCAUGACAGCCCUAGGGAUGUCUCUUCAGCUGGACUCGUAAUUGCUAAUCACCAGGACAUCAAGUCAGAGAUGGAGGCCAGGGCUGAUAGCUUUGCUACCUGCCAUGACAUGGGCACUGCACUCAUCAACAACAAACACUAUGCUGCAGAUGAGAUCCAAGAGAAGCUUGACCAACUGAAGACCAAAAGGGAAGAGAUCAACAAUAAGUGGCAAGAGAAGAUGGACCACCUCCAGAUCUUGCUGGAAGUACUGCAGUUUGGACGGGAUGCCUCAGUGGCUGAAGCCUGGUUGGCGGGUCAGGAGCCGCUGGUGCGGGCAGCAGAGCUGGGCUCAAAUGUAGAUGAGGUGGAGAGCCUCAUCAAGAGACACGAGGCCUUUGAGAAGCUGGCAGCUGGAUGGGUGGAGCGCUUCUCCCAGCUGGAGAAGCUCACUACGCUGGAACAACACGUCAUCCAGAAGAGGAAGGAGGAAGAAGAGCAAGCCAGGCAACCCCCCACACCCCCUCCAGCCGAGGAAGUGAUGGAUUCUGCUGCAGAGAGCCAGGAUCAUCUGUCUGAUGCCAGGACCAGUUUGGACCAGACUACCUUGAACCAGUCUGUGUCUGUGAAUGGACUGCACAGUGAUCAAGAUACAUCCCAGUCAGUGUCACUGGCCAAGACACCUGACCUUAAACCAGUGUCACCAGAGCCUUCACGUGCCUUGAGUGAAGGUGAGCUUCAGGAAAGCACUUAUGGUCUUCAGCUGCAGGGAUCAGAAGCAGAGGCAGUGAACGGUCCAGGUGGUGCUGGUGGGCAGGCAGCGUCCGUACAUGUGGAUGCCCCUGGGCUCUCAGCUACACUCCCCAGCAAAGGUGCUGCUGCUGCAGGCAGCGAGGGAACCAUGGAAGGAAUGCUGUGCCGCAAACAGGAAAUGGAAGCACCCAACAAGAAGGCAGCCACCAGAUCUUGGCAGAACGUGUACUGUGUGCUGCAAAAGGGCAGCCUGGGCUUCUACAAGGACAACAAGAGCGUGGCCAGUGGCCUGACAUACCACAACGAGGUGCCUGUCAGCCUAAGCGAUGCUGUCUGCGAGGUGGCCCACGACUACAAGAAGCGGAAACACGUCUUCAAGCUGCGGCUUGAUGAUGGAAAGGAAUACCUGUUCCAGGCUAAAGAUGAGGCUGAGAUGAGCGCUUGGAUACACUCUAUCACAUCAUCUGUCACGACUGGAACAGAUAAGCCGGGGGACCGCUCCCCUGGAGGCCACAAGGGCCUUAGCCGUGCUAUGACAAUGCCCCCCAUCUCCCCCAGUGCCGGGGAUGCUGGCGCAGUCACUAUGCGCAAUAAGGAUGGAAAGGAACGGGACCGUGAGAAGAGGUUCAGCUUCUUUGGCAAGAAAAAGUAGAUAGGAGAUGGAUUCAAACACACAACCGAAAGACUAACAGAGAGGGGAAAAACAAACGUCUAUGAAACAUCCUCUUAGCCCUGGUUAUAGGGUGCUCAACAACUGACACCCCGUACAUCAAAAAUAGGCCUCAUUUAGCAAUUGUCCCACUAUCAAAAACCACUCACACUGCUUUCUUUCAUGUAUUCUUGGUCCAAUUUACAGGAUCUGACAGUGCUGGUUUCGCAUAUGUGGUAGCAUGAGAACAGUCAAUUCCGGAGUAGCGCUGGGAGAGCGUAGUGAGACUGGAAAUCCCAGAGAAACCUGAACACCUCGACCAUCAGGGACAAGAUGAAAUGUGGUGAGAGAAACCCAAAGAUCCACUUUAUUUCCCUCGCAAUUUUUGUACUUUGGGUGACUCAAAAACCACAUCCAGCCACGGAUACAGUUUGUGCAUUCGCGGUGUUCUGGUUUAGUUCAGAGUGUUUGCCUUGCCUAAAGCAAUCAAUGAAACUAAUCAGGGUUCAGUUUUUUUUUGCAUGUUUCCCUUUAUCACUUUUUUCUUUUUGUGAAAUUGUUUGAAGGAACUUAUUUUUUGUUAUUAAUAUUAUAAAUAUUAUUUGCAUUUUGAUGUUGCAGAUUUUUAAGAAAUUACAUGUUUAAAUAUCUUUGUUACAUAUCCUUUAGAAAAACUAAAGGACUUGGCAAAAUAGUCUUUAUGAAAACAUAGUCACUAGUUUGUUUUAGAAAUACCGACAUAUUUAGAAAUGCUAAAUGUUUGAAACAAGAUCAUUUGAGUAAAGUGAAAAGUAACAACAGUGAAAGAUUUAUCAGAUCAGUGUUUUUUCUUCAUUUUAAUGCUUUAACUAAUUUGUUUGAUUUGGAAUUUAAAUGUUAUUUCCCCCUAGUAAGCAGCAUGUUCUCAGAGUGGUUGAGGGUUUCAGUUGUGCUUUUGUCAAUUUAGGCUUUAAUUUUGUUUCGUGGGGAUUCCAGUUCCUCUUAUUUCAGACACUGAAGUAGUGUGGAGGGGUGUUCUCUCAACUGGAAUUUUAUGUUUAGGUUUUGAAUUUCUCUCUUUUUUUUUUUUUUCUAUUUCUUUCUCUGAAAGUCUUGGCAUUUUUCAGCAAUUUCUUAGGGGAUUUAUACUGUUAAACACUAAAAAUAAAAUUACCAAAAAAAGUGUGAUGAAGUUAAAGGAAACAGAGGGCUGUGGGGGAAGGGUUUGCUCUGGAGGGGUUUAUUUUAGUGGGGCUUAAUUUUGGGUUUAAUAUGUAUGUUUCUGUGCACAUUUUUCAAGUGCUUGGCCUUUUACCAUUAGACAAUCGCACAACAGAUUUUAGAUUUAUUCUUCGGUGAUUGUGUUUUUAGUGGAACUUCAAAACAGUCUUGUAAAAAUUCUAUUAAAAUAUAUGCCAUGAUGGA